UACUUUUGUAUAUGCAUAUAUUAUUCUCUUGAAAAUAAUUUUGAAAAAUUGUAAACAGCAUAGGCAAACACUGUUUCGGUCGUACUCGCACUCUUAUCUUUUGCUCUCUGUUUCUUCCAUCCAACUCCGAACCUUUCAUCUUGUAUACUGACUAGAAGAGGUUACUAUUUAGUGUUGAAAUUUUUUGGCAAUGGUGUAACUUUUCCAACCGCUGUGCAUACAAAAUCUGGAUCCUAUAUCUUGCACCAUGUCCGCCACUGAAGUUUCAUUGCAGUCAUUGUUCACCAAUGAGCCUGUUGUUUCAGCUGACUGGCUCCAUGCCAACCUCCAAAAACCUGAUGUGAAGGUCUUGGAUGCGUCCUGGUACAUGCCAAAUGAACAGAGAGAUGCACUUCAAGAAUAUCAGGCUUCACAUAUUCCGGGUGCACUCUUUUUCGAUAUUGAUGGUGUCUUAGAUCUUACUACUGAUUUGCCACAUAUGUUGCCAUCAGAAGAAGCAUUUGCUGCCGCUGUUUCAGCUCUUGACAUCAUGAAUAAAGAUAGUAUUAUUGUUUACGAUGGGAAGGGAAUCUUCAGCUCUGCACGUGUUUGGUGGAUGUUUCGAGUAUAUGGGCAUGACAGGGUUUGGGUUUUGGAUGGUGGCCUACCAAGAUGGCAUGCUUCAGGAUUUGAUGUUGAAUCCAGCGACACUAUCCUGAAAACUACCCUCUCCAAUGAUGCCGUGAAGAAAGUAUACCAAGGGCAACAUCAGGUUGGAUCUGUUAUAUUUCAAACCAAAUUCCAGCCCCAUCUCAUCUGGAAAAUCGAGCAGGUUAAGAAAAACAUGGAUGAAAAGAAAUAUCAGCAUAUAGAUGCUCGCGCAAGAGCUAGAUUUGAUGGGGUUGCUCCCGAGCCACGGAAGGGAAUAAGAAGUGGUCAUAUACCAGGGAGCAAAUGCAUUCCAUUUCCUGAGAUGAUGGAUAGCUCACAGACACUAUUACCUCCAGCAGAACUGAAGAAGAGAUUUGAACAAGAAGGAAUAUCAUUAAGCAACCCUAUAUUAAUAUCAUGUGGUACCGGCGUUACUGCCUGUAUUCUGGGAUUGGGUCUUCAUCGACUGGGGAAGACUGAUGUCCCGGUGUACGAUGGGUCGUGGACAGAGUGGGUUAUUGUGGAAGAUGCAGCUAUGAGCACACCUUCAUCGUAAGAGAACCAUAGCCAGCCUUGAAAGAUGUUUUUGUUGUUAACAUUAGGGGUAAAGACUCAUUAAGACCAACUAUAGCACAUGCGAUGAAACUCUUGGAUUGACCUCAACGGCGCAACGAAAAAUGCCUAUGCGUCGUUCAAGGCUAGCACACCGGGCAACGUCUUCCCUUCAAGAAGUUCCAAGCUGGCACCGCCUCCAGUCGAGAUGUGGCUCAUCUUGUUUGCCAGACCAACCUUCUCUACUGCAGCCACCGAGUCACCGCCUCCUAU